GUUUUUAUUCUAACCUGCGCCGCGCGGUAUCGGCAUUGGCAUCGGCAGCAUUGGCGCGUGCUUGCUCGCUCGAUCUCAUGGGCAGCAGCGCCAUUGGCAAUGGCAGCAGAGACAAAUCUCCCGCUGUCCAUCAGUGGCGCCGCCUACGCUAGAGCAAUGGCGCACGAGAAAGGUCCCCACGACGGCUUGGGAUUUCGGCAAUACAUGCUGGCGGGAUCCAUCGCCGGCGUGGUAGAGCACACGGCAAUGUUCCCGGUCGACACUGUCAAGACGCGCGUGCAGAUGCUAUCGGCUCCUUCGUCCUGCCCGUGCGGCUCCCCAGUUCCAUCGCUCACCAAGGCAGUGGGAUCGAUCAUGCGCCUGGAAGGUCUGGCGGGGUUCUACCGAGGAUUGGGAGCCAUGGUUCUCGGCGCUGGGCCGUCCCACGCGGUCUACUUUGGAUGCUACGAGUUCUUCAAGGAGAAGUUUGGAGGCAACCGCGAUGGCCACCAGCCUCUAGCUCAUAUGGCGUCCGGGGCUUGCGCCACCGUCGCUAGCGACACGGUGCUCACGCCCAUGGACGUGGUGAAGCAGCGGUUGCAGCUAAGCCGGAGUCCAUACCAGGGGGUGGCGGACUGCGUUGCGAGGAUUUACAGGAGCGAGGGGCUUGCGGGGUUCUACGCCUCGUACAGGACCACGGUUUUGAUGAACAUUCCGUUCACCGGGGUACACUUUGCGGCGUAUGAGGCUGCCAAGAAGAUCUUGUCCGAGUUGUAUCCGGAUCAGGCUGGGGACGAUCACUUGUUGACGCAUGUUGCCGCCGGUGGCACCGCCGGAGCGCUGGCGAGUGGGAUCACUACCCCGUUUGAUGUUGUCAAGACGAGGCUCCAGUGCCAGGGUGUUUGCGGUGCAACCAAGUAUUCAACCAGCUCCGUCACACAAGUGGUGAAGGAGAUUGUUCGCCGUGAGGGCUCGGCGGCCCUGUUCAAGGGGUUAAAGCCUAGAGUUUUGUUUCACACUCCUGCGGCAGCCAUCAGCUGGUCCACGUACGAAGCCGGUAAGAGCUUCCUGCAAAGUUGGAACGCGAGUCAUGGCUCGGAUUGAUGCCUCGCAGAGCAUCACGAGAUUCUUUGUAUUGGCUCUUCGAAAAUUUUGACACUGGAAAUUUUACAGUUGUUUCUCGCACUUGGGAAGCAAAUUAUGAAAGACUCUACUGUUUGAAGUUGCAAUACUUUGCCUACAUUGUUCUUGCUUUAUACUAUGAAUCCAAAAAGCUUUAAAAUUUUAAA